AAUGUCGCUCUCCAUCGCCAUCCAUCUCCUCUGAAGCCAUCGACCGCCAGCGAGCCCCGCCUCACCAACCUCGAACUCGCCGCCGUCUCGCAAGCCUCAUCCCCAGUCAGCCAUCCAGGUGCCAUCGCGGCCCCGAUUCCCUCCCCCUUUCUCUUCUGGACUGCUGCCCUCAGCCAUGUCUUCCAUCAGCCGCAAGGUCAUCCGCGACAUCAUCCGCAAACAGAAGGCUGCUCCGUCAGCAGCCGGGCUCUCCAUUCCGGGCAUGGACGCCGUCAGCUUCUACCCGGAGCCCGUGGUGUUUCCCGCUUCCAGUCCGUCGCUGCCUCAACCGCCGUCGCACUUUGCUCAGCCGCGACCAGAGCGAUCCGAUACCGAGCAGGAGCUCUACAACUCGCUCAACGAGCAAUUUCUGGAUAAGCUCAAGGGCCAUGUCGACCAAGAAACCAUCUGGGAGAGCUACGAAAAGCUGAUGGAGUCGGCUGUCGAAAAGUCGCUCCACUCGGCUGUCAAUCACAAGCGGCUUCUCAGCCAGCUGCAGUACCUCGAAAGGUUCCUCACCGACGGCGAGCAUACCAACGUCCGUGACCCUGAGAGGAUCCGUGGCUUCUUCUUCAAAAUUCGAGACCGUCUAUCCUCCGAUGCCAGCUACCAGACAUAUCUAUACCUUAUCAAAAGCUACGAAGAAAAGGGUGACGUUGCCAAAAUCAAACAAACCAUCCUGGAGAUGAAGCGCAGGAAGCUCGACAUCCGAUCCGAGAUCUACAACAUUUUGGUUCGCACCUGCAUCGCCGUCGGUGAUCUGGAUGGCGCCCGUCAGGUGCUCCUCGAAGUCAAAGCCCUGCACGAAGCCAGCACCCCGUCGCAUAUCUCUGUCGAUCCGUCCGUGUACGAGUCGCUCAUCAAGCGUUUGUCCGCCUCCGGACGCCCAGACGACUGCGAAGACCUCCUCGAAGACAUUCCCGUGCUUGGUAUCAAGCCGACCUCACCAAUGUACAACUACUCCAUGAUGUGUAUGAUGAAGCAUCGCAGAUACGAAGAUGUCGUUCGCUGGUUCCAGACAGUCAAGAACGGCCCGGUGCAGCCAACCCUGAGCACGUUUCACAUGGCGUUGAUCGCAUACAGUCAUCUGUCCCCCAAGAAGGCCAUACAGCUGUUCCGCUCGAUGCAAUCGUCGGAGGGAUCCCUUCCCAAGCCCGAUCUCCACGUCCUACAGACCAUGGCCAAGUUUUCCAUUCGCACCCAUAAUCUGGAUCUUGCUCUCGAGGUUCUGGAUCUCAUCCACACCAACCCAGAUUUCCUCCGAGAGCUUGGUAGAGGCCGCUCUGCUCUGUAUCAGGGCCUCGUUUCGCUUGCGUGCAAAAUGGAGCGCCUGGACAUCGCCACGGAUCUGCACCUGUCCUUGAACACCCAUCCCAACAUCGGCGUCCUGCCGCCUGACUUGAUCCUGGAACCAACUCCCAAGCAACUCAACGAGCUGCUGACGUCCCUUGCCGAACGCAGCCGCAUCGAUCUCUUGAGCCGUGUCGCUGCUAACCAAGUAUCGUGGCACCAACUCACGCCCGAGGCAAUUCGCUCCAUCCUGCAGUGUCAGAUUCGUCAAGCACCCACUGAUCCAGAAGCGGCAAAUCGCGCCGUCGACAUUCUCUGCUCCAAAACAACGCAUCUGAGCGAGUCCGAUCUGAAUGCAGUCCUUUCGGUCGACCUUGUUGGCUUGCUUGGUCAUCUGGAGCGGGCGCAGGGCGGAGAGAGCAUCAAAUGUCUUCUCGAUCUUGCUGCCCGUGCCAGCGACCCGAAGCACCGCGAGACGCUCUACAACAGCUACUUGCGUGUGCUUUCUGCCCAGCGACGAUUCGACCACGUAGUUCGCGUUUACAGCCUCAUGAAAGACGACUCAGUGCCCGUCCACGAUUCCAACCUCAUCUUUGAAGCCCAGCUCCAGUCUUGCGCCGCCUCGACUGACUCUACCCUUCGCGACGGGCUGUGGCCCCUGAUGCAGAGGGUCGUCCUCGAUGAUGGAAUGUACCCAGGGCUUGCAGGAAUCCUGCGGCUGUUUGAGCUGGCGGCUGAGUGCGAGCAGCUGAACGAGCUGGAGCUCUUUGCGCACAGCAUCCGAGAGCAGUCGAAACAGCCCGGCCGCCGCUUGACCCAAGACGAUCGACAGCGGCUCCAGAGGCUAUGUGACAUUACGCAGUAUUUGCUGCUCUGUGUGCACCACAGCUUCAAGUUCGACGGCGAUGGUGCCAAGAUUGACGCCACGCAAAUGCCAAACGAGCUCAGUCACGACGAGGUCGAUCAAUUGGUCGAGUUUCUGAUGGGCAAAGUUGGCUUGCGCGGCAACCGUGGUGCCGACAGUCCACUUGGCCAAUUGAUUCAAGCACGGCUUUCUGCCUGAGUUGUGCUCAGCAAUCGACUCUCAUUCCGCGAAUCGACUUGCGCCCCCCCCCGAACGGUCCGAGAGAGGCAAGAGACAGCCCAAGAUGAAGCCCAAACAGUGUGUGCUGUAUGGAGCUCUGCACUGCCACUGUAAAUACAUUUGACUUGAUCGAAAGGAA